ACAUCCUUGCGUUUUCGUUUCCCUCUGCCAUUUUGCAUUGCUGUCGAUGUGUAUAGGUGAUGCUGGCUCCAAACCAAAUGGUUAAUGAGCAUCGCUAUUUGAAUAUUGAUCUGAGAUUUACUGUUGGUAUUUGUAUUGGAUUGCUUUCAUAUCUCCAACAGCCUGAAUGAAGGCAAGCUCUCUGGGUUUGUUUGCCUUCCCAUCCUAGUGGCUGUGUGUGAAAGCACUAGUGCUUCUACUCUAGAGAUUAAACAACUCAUUUACUGGACGUGUAUUACUAGCAAUAUGUUUCUACAACUGAACCUUUCAAUAUGAAUGCAUUUAUAUUCCGCCCUUCUCACCCAAAGAGGACUCAGGUCGAAUCACAUUACACAGAUAAAAGCAAGCGUUCAAUGCCAUAACAUAGAACAGAGACAGAGACAAGACGGGUUGGCCUCGAACUCAAGACCUCUUGGCCAGAGUGAUUUGUUGCAGCUGGCUUGCUAUCCAGCCUGCGCCACAGCCCAGCUGGCUUUAUGGGUAAAGAAAAAGGCUGGACAAUUACUAAACUGUAGACAGAUGAAAGAGUUCCUAGCCAAAGCCAAAGAAGAUUUUUUAAGAAAAUGGGAAAGCCCCCCUCAGAAUACUGCUGGUUUAGAAGACUUUGAGAGGCUAAAAACACUUGGAACUGGGUCAUUUGGCAGAGUUAUGUUGGUGAAGCAUAAAGCAACAGAACAGUAUUAUGCCAUGAAGAUACUGGAUAAACAAAAAGUGGUUAAACUGAAGCAAAUAGAACACACACUGAAUGAAAAAAGAAUAUUACAAGCAGUGAACUUUCCUUUUCUUGUAAGACUGGAGUAUUCUUUUAAGGACAAUUCUAAUUUAUACAUGGUUAUGGAAUAUGUUCCUGGGGGUGAAAUGUUCUCACAUUUAAGAAGAAUUGGGAGGUUCAGUGAACCACAUGCAAGAUUUUAUGCAGCCCAGAUAGUGCUAACUUUUGAGUACCUCCACUCACUAGACCUCAUUUACAGAGAUCUAAAACCCGAAAACCUUUUAAUUGACCAACAAGGAUAUAUCCAGGUCACAGACUUCGGGUUUGCAAAAAGAGUAAAAGGGAGGACCUGGACGUUAUGUGGGACUCCAGAAUAUUUGGCUCCUGAAAUAAUUCUCAGCAAGGGCUACAACAAAGCAGUAGAUUGGUGGGCCUUAGGAGUGCUAAUUUAUGAAAUGGCAGCUGGAUAUCCACCAUUCUUUGCAGAUCAGCCAAUCCAGAUAUAUGAAAAAAUUGUUUCUGGAAAGGUACGGUUCCCAUCGCACUUCAGUUCAGAUCUUAAAGAUCUACUAAGAAAUUUACUCCAAGUAGAUUUGACCAAACGAUAUGGCAAUCUCAAGAACGGAGUGAAUGAUAUUAAAAAUCACAAAUGGUUUGCCACUACAGAUUGGAUUGCCAUUUAUCAGAGAAAGGUAGAAGCCCCCUUCAUACCAAAAUGUAGAGGUCCUGGAGAUACCAGCAAUUUUGAUGACUAUGAGGAAGAAGAUAUCCGCGUGUCUCUAACAGAAAAAUGUGCAAAGGAAUUUGCUGAUUUUUAGUACUUGCUGGAGGAUAAGAGGACAUCAGGGCUCAUGUUGGGAUCUUUGCACUCUGUAAACUCAUGAGGCGGAGCUGAGACCAUCAUAUGUCAAAACAAUUACCUAGUUACUUCAUUCCACAAAGCUGACUGAGGUCUUUAUUGCCAUCUUCCAUGUGUGCAGUUUGCACCAACCCUUAUAACUAGGCACAAUUAAGCAAGCACGGUUUGUGCUGUAACACAGAAUAUAGACCACUUUUCCUAAUUACCUUUUUUCUGUCAUUUUGUUUAUUUUCUGUGUAUUGUUGAUUUCCCCUCUCUCCCCCCUUUUAAAAUGAAGCAGCCUUUUACCUAAGAAUGCUCCAUUUUAUUUCGAAUAAUGUAUUUGUGUGGAUAAUGAAAUUGAAAGUAUUUUGGCUAGUAUGACUUUAGACUGAAGUGAAAGAUAAGUGUUGCUUCUAGUCUUUGCCAGCCAGUCCUCCCAUGUCUGUCUUUAUGUCUGAAGCUACAGUUCAUAGGUUUGUAUUUUUUUUGUUCGUAGCUCAGACUAAACCUAGCCAACAUCAUUAGCAUUUUUGAAGGUAGUAUUUAUCGCCAUAUGAGUGUAUGCUAAUUUAAACACAUCUUCCUGGAGACUGACCAAACUUAGUAUCAAAAUUGGACAGUUGUGUAGGGUACAGUAGCUAGACCCCGUGCCUUGGUUUUCUACAUGCUGGCAGUUCUUCUCCCUGCCUCAUUUUUUUUCCUUCCUGGGCAGUAGGUAAAUGCGCCAUAAGCAUAUUCUUGAGACACAAGAAGCACAGUCUCAGUAAGCAGGAACAAUUCCAUCCAGCCUAGGCUUUGGACCAUGCUUGGACCAUGUUUAGCCAUGCUUAAGUACCUGCAUUUCAGUAAGUAGCUGUUUAAAUGGGUUUUUAAAACACCUUAAAGCCCAAAAGACAUAGAUAAAAAAAAAGAUUUGGUCAGUAUUGACUAGGACUGGUUUUUAAUAAUGUUGGGGCUCCUGAAGUAUUUCAAAUUUCAACCCUUUUUUAUUAAAGGGGAGGAAAGCUCUUUGGUUUUUUGUUUUGUUUUGUUUUUUAAAUCUCUUUAGUGAUAAGAAUAAAUGGUUUCGCAAACUGAAAAUGUAGUGUUUAAAAUAUUGAUGCGUUUCUAGAUAAACCUGGUGUUUCUGUUAGCUGUGAAGAAUAAAAGAAGUAAAUGCCAAGUUUUUAUCCUGGUAUACUAUAUUAGUAAAUCAAGGAUGGAGUGCUGCUCCAAUCAUGGUUAUCAGCAGUGCUUCAUUUGCAUGGAAAAAAGACAAAAGUUUGAAGCUGCCGCCAUCCAUAUCUGUGCGGUGGGGGUCUUCAUUUCUAACCUACUACUGAAAUGGAUUGUAUGGUCAUACAGAGUUAUUCAGGUUGCAUUAAGUUUCAUAUUAUCUCACCAACUGACUUAAAGGGGUAUUGCUGCAAUGUGUUUGCUUCCAGCACUUUCCUUACACACUUCUUUCAGUGUUUAACAAUCAGUGGCUUAGCACACCUUCUUGUGCUUUUAAAUUUAUCCAUACAACUCUUUAUGGGCACCCCAUUUCUGGUUUAUCUCAAGGUGGCUUGUCUUCAGAGGGCACAUCAGUGUGUUUGAAAUAAAGUUGGCUUAUGUUUGACUAUCAAUUUACAUGCAUACAAGAAUGAAAUGUGUUUUUUUAUUAACUAAUCUAGAUUGCUGUGGUGUAGUCAUGGUAUUCUGUAGAAUGCCAUUGCAGAUGAGACCAUUGGCAUUACUUCUUUUUAAUCUCUGUGACACUCCUUUAACAAAACAAACAGACAAAGACAUUUUUUUCAGUCUGGAAUAGGAUGUAUCAUAUAACAUUAUGUAUGUCUUUUUAAGUUGUCAAGCCAUUUUCGCACAUCAUCCUUUAGGAGUCUUGUUUUGCCAUUUUUUUGUAUGUCGUCUCCCUCCCCCAGCAGUGUAUGUGUAAGACAAACAUACAAUACUUUUGCAGUAGCAAAUUUUAUGUAAUAAAUAUAUUGUCACAUGAAUAAAUUUAAAGAAAUUAUUUGUAUGAAAAAAAUGUUAGUCUUUUUGUAUUUCAUCUAGAUUGAGGACUCACUGUCGUAUGCUAGCUCUAUGCGAUACAUUCUACAGUAAUUUUAUUGUUUAUAGGUUUUAACAAUUUUAUCAAAUGCUGGAGACCACUUUUUUGAUUCUGGUAUGAAUUUUAGCCAAUUCUUAGAUUGGAUCACAUACAGGACAGGCGUCUGCUGUAAAACCUGCUGUGAGACUUUACCCUGAAUGUCUGUGUAGGAGUCCAAAGGAUGGAGUCCAGCAUGUCCGAGAUUUGAAUUCCUGGUGGACAUUUCUUUCGAAAUCUUGAUUCCUUAUUAUUUCUGCUUAUUUAACAUGUCAGAAAUAGAUGGUAAAAAUAAAUCUUAAGUUGGGGUACUAGACUGGAAAAAUAAAAAGCAUUGGGCCAAAAGCUAUGGAGGUUGCCAUUUUCAAGGCAUUAAGAAUAUAAACUUGGCAAUAGUUACAUGACCCUAUGAUUUUGAUCAUACAAAAGCCACGUGAUGACAAUGCUGCCUGUAUUUAAUUUCAAAAACCUUCAUAAUCAUAUGAAAUACUGUAUAUUUGACAGUAGAGACUUGUUAAUUUUACACAAUUUGAGGAAUUAAGUGUUGGAUUGUAUAGUAUCUUUUAGCUGUAUUCUCGUUGUAUGUAACCCUCAUUUUCAACAUAAAGGAUUGUAUCCCAUUAAGUAAGUUUGCUUCCUUUAUUUUCUCCAUUAAAACCCUUAUUUUUAAAUCC